GUAGAUGGCACUGAACAGACAUAACCUCACUUUAUUUCGUACUCAAAAAUUUGACUCCCGCGUCGAUAGUGUACAGAAAUAUUAAUAUAAUUAUUGAAAAUUGUUAAUUACUGCUCAGUAAUUACCAGAAUAGUUCAUCUCUGAACGGUUCCACAACAGUUUAGCGUAAAAUCUAUUGCACUGAAAUAGAAUAAAUAAAUGUGAAGCAGGUUAUUUGAAUCAAUCUAGCCUUUCUGGAAAUAUGGAAGAAAUUUCCGAAACAGCAGAGGACGCUAAGAAGCUAUCUAAAGAUGAAAAUCUUCCUGAUGAAAAGUCUAGCGUGACUCAACUUACUUCAACUAGUGAAGUAGAUCCGAAGGCUAAUGAAGAUCAAGUUAACAAACCUGAAGCAGAAACAACUCCGAGUGAGCAAAAAGCAGAUGAUCCUGAUCCAAGUAAAGAUAGCUCCAAGCCUGAAUUGGAUGAGAAAAAUCUGCAAUACGUAGGUGAUGUCUGCUAUUACACUGAUCCCAACACAAAACAGCAGUACACUUGGGAUAAAGAUAAGAAUGAGUGGGUCGCGUACAGUGCUCCCAACCAACCAAAUCCUGAAGACUAUGAAUAUGAUGGAUCUACGUAUUCGUAUGUCGACAAAACUACAAAGGUGAGAUAUAAAUGGGAUAAAGAGAACAACAGAUGGGAGGUUGUAAAAGACGACAAAUCAUCAGCAGAGAAAGGCAACGAGGAAAGUGCAGAGAAGCCAAAUAAGGAUGACAUCCCUUUUGGAAGUGCAGAGGGCUGCUAUGGGUUCGAGGAUGAUACCCACACCUACACAGAUCCCAAAGACAACACUGUCUAUAUUUGGGACCGUGAGAAGAAUGCCUGGUUUCCUAAGGUCGAUGACGAUUUUCUAGCUCAAUAUCAGAUGAGUUACGGAUUUGUGGAUCCGAAUCAAGAGUCUAAGGAAGCUGAAAAACCAAAAUCUCCGCCUCCAAAAGAUGUGAAAGCUGAAAAAAGGAAAGCACCCCAGGAACCGACUUGGUUUGAUAUGGAUGACGAGAACAACACGAAAGUGUAUGUGAGCAACUUGCCUCUGGACGUCACUGAGACCGAAUUCGUCGAUCUGAUGCAGAAGUGCGGACUUGUGAUGAGAGACCUCGACACACAGAAGAUGAAGAUCAAGCUCUACACCAAACCAGGAUCGACGCAGCUCAAGGGUGAUGGACUCUGCACUUAUAUCAAGAAAGAAUCAGUGGAACUAGCUCUGAACCUGCUGGAUGGUUACAACUUCAAAGAUCACAGAAUCAAAGUUGAGAGGGCCAAGUUCACAAUGAAAGGUGACGCCUAUGAUCCCAACUUGAAACCGAAGAAAAAGAACAAGAAGAAAGAUAAGGAAAAAAUGAAGAAAAUACAAGAGAAAUUGUUCGAUUGGAGACCUGAUAAGCUGAGAGGCAUGCGGCCUAAAAACGAGAGUGUUGUCAUUCUGAAGAAUCUGUUCACUCCAGAAAUGUUCGACAAGGAUGUCAAGCUGAUCCUGGAAUUCCAGCAAGAUAUUCGCGACGAAUGCCAAAAAUGUGGUGCCAUUCGAAGGAUAACUGUGCAUGAUAGACAUCCAGAAGGUGUUGCACAGAUAAACUUCAAAGAAGUGGAGGCAGCCGAUGCUUGUAUUCAGCUGAUGAAUGGCAGAUGGUUUGGUCAGCGCAAAAUCACUGCUGAAGCUUGGGAUGGUAAAACUAAGUACAAGAUCCAAGAAACAGAAGAGGAAAUCGAAAGACGUAUCAAGAAAUGGGACAAAUUCCUGGAGAAUGAGGAAGACGAAGAAACACAAGGAGGAAAGGAAUCCUCGGAGGAGAAGAAGAAAUCGACAAGUGGUGAGAAAUUGGGUAAGAGAUCGGUGGUAGGUGAGAAAGAUGUCGCGAAAAAGAAGAAAAAGAAAGUAGAAAGAGAGGACGAGACUGAAGAAAAUGAUUCAGACACUGAUUCCAAGAGUAGUGGAUGGGCUUCCACCGAUGAAGAGGAUGAUAGGAAAGAAAAUUGAAUUUUUUUACUAAAAGGAAAUAUUUUUUCAUACCUUUGUGAGGUGUUGCAGAGGAGUCUCCUCUUGUAAUAAGAGUGUAUUAUUACCUUCUGUAAUAAUAAUGUACCCGAUCCGGAUGUAUUAAUUAUCGUAAAAAAUUUAUGAAAGCAUGUCAGAUUACAAUUUAAUAUGAGAGUUACUGUCUUCAAAUUCAUCAAGAGAAUAAGUACCGAAGGAUCAUCAUGCUGUUAAACUAUCUUCACUUCUUCCAACCAUUAAUUCUAGAGAUGUCCAUCUUCAUACGUAUUCAGAGUUUUAAAAUAAUUGAAACUAAUAGAAAAUGAUAAGCUAUUGCUUAUCAAUUUGUUUACUCUGUGAGGAUAGAGAUGUCCAUCUUCAUUCGUAUUCAGAGUUUUAAAAUAAUUGAAACUAAUUGAAAAUGAUAAGCUAUUGCUUAUUAAAUUGUGUGAUCAUGGUGAUAUCGAUGGAGCAUGAAAAUCAGGUAUGCAGGUAUUCAUCAAAGUUAGUAGACAGACGUUGUACUACUAACGUUGAGUAUUCAUAGCUCACUUGUGAAAGUGUGUAAUGUGUAAUCUGUAAUCAGUCUGUAAAAUAAUCUGUUUGAUUGAGUAAGAAUAUUUUUUUGAUUACAAGUUUGAAAAGUGGAUGUAAGAAAUUGGUCUACUUGGUUAACAUACCAGAUCAUAAUGAUACUGAGGAAACCUAUGUGAGUUAUUAGCAUUAAUUUCACUAUUUAUUUAUUGUCAUUAAAUUGAGUUUAAGAUGACAAAUAACAAA